AAUAAUUAAAAAAAGUAGUUUCAAUAAAGAAACUGAUAAAAGUAGAAGAAAGCGAAAAGGAACAAAAACACAUACCCAACAAAAUAAUAAUAAUUCCAUAAACUAAACAAUUUCCUAAUCGGAACUUGAUUACCAUUCUUCCAUUAUAAAUCUAAUUAAAUCCAUAACUUCUUAGUUCUCUUCGUCUUAAUUCCCACAAUGUCUUCCUCCAUACGCUUCACUCUCCGCCGCCACAACGUCAGGCACGAUCAAUCUCUCCAAAACCGAAACCCAUCGAGGCUUCCACUUCCAUCCGACGAACUUCCGUACAAUAUCCUCCAUCUAAUUAGGCGCCGUGUUAUGGGGGAGGAAACGGUGAUUCUGGAAGAAGAUCCGGCGAGGAGAAGGGCGCAGGAGAAGGCGAUUGAGAGGUUGACGAUCAGCGAGAAAGAUGAUGGGUUGUUUGAGGGAGAAGAGUUGGGAGAUUGUUGUAUUUGUUGCGAAGAACUGAAUGGAGGGGAGAAGAAGAAGGUUUGUAGAAUCAAGUGCGGCCAUGUCUAUCAUAGAUGCUGUAUACUCACUUGGGUUCGAACAAAACUUUCUUGUCCUUUGUGUAGAAGGAAAAUAUAGAGUAAGCAAAUAUAGAUCAUUAGUCUACAGAUUUAAUUGUCAAUUACUUUAAAGUUAGUAUUAAUUCAAAUUAAAACCCUCAAUUGACUCCUUA